ACUUCGGAAAAUCAAUCAGUUGUUUAGUUAACAUUUACAUAUGACAUGUUGCAUUAAUACACAGCUUUGUGCUUUUUCUUAAUGCUAAAAUAGAUAAGUGGUUUGAGAAUGAACUUUGAAGUUAAUUGAAACUAGUGAACCAACAGGAAGCAUCUAAGGUGCUUUAGCCAGUUAUUGAGAAAGAAGCGCUCUUGUAUGUUUCAGGUGUGAUUGGUGUUGAGGCAGAUGAAAUCGAGUCGUUGUCAGUGAUGGAGGGCGAUUCUGUCACCUUACCGACUGGUGUGUCUCAAAUACAAGAGGAUGAUCUGAUAAUGUGGAUGAGCGGAAACUACUGUAUCGCUAAACUCAACAUAUCAUCCCAAGUCAUCUCUGAAACUCACAACAUAUUCAGAGACCGACUGAAGCUGGAUCAUCAGACUGGAUCUCUGACCAUCGCAAACAUCAGAAGCACAGACUCCGGACUUUAUAAAGCACAGAUGAUUGGACAACAAGUGUCAAAGAAAACUUUCAAUGUCACUGUCAUCGCUCGUCUGCCCGUUCCUGUUAUCACCAGUUACUGUCCUCAAAAUCCUUCUCCGUCAGGAUCAUCGGUGUCCAGAUGUGUACUGCUGUGUUCAGUGGUGAAUGUGGGUCAUGUGACUCUCUCCUGGUACAAAGGAAACAGUUUAUUGUCCAGCAUCAGUGUGUCUGAUCUCAGCAUCAGUCUCUCUCUACCUCUGGAGGUGGAAUAUCAGGAGAAAAACAGCUACAGCUGUGUGAUCAACAAUCCCUUCAGAAACCAGACUCAACAUCUGGACAUCACUCAACUCUGUCAACCAUGUUCAGAAUGUGUCUGCUGUUGUAAGUCAACUGAAGCUGUGAUCCGAUUGGCUGUCUCUGCUCUGGUGGGCGUGGCUACUGUUGUUGUUCUGGUUUAUGACAUCAGAUCUAGAAGAGCUGAGCAGAAAGAACAAGCUAUGAAAUCAUUAUCGGACAAUAACUGA